CCAGUUCAGGCACAUUCUGCUCAUGCUGGAAGAACUGCAAAAAGAACACACCUGUGUCGGGCAUCAUUAAAUAAAGACGCUAAGACUUCGGUCGAACCCCUUGUCUCAAAGCUGAAGGAAAAUACAAAUCAUUUCACCAAAGGAUUCUUUCUCAUUCCAGCUAUUUCCAGAUGUCUAGAUGAAAUCCAACUGCAGACUUUGAGCAGGCUCAUUGUUUACCUUUUCAGAUUGGACAUACCAGACAUCUACUGCAGAAUCUCAGGAAUGGAGCACCAACCAGGGAGUCCGGUGGCUGGGAAGGCAGAGGAGCAAUCAGGAAGUCUUCUCCUCACCUACUUUCAGGGAGAUAUUAAUAGCAUGGUAGAUGCACAUUUCUCACGUGCCUUAGAAAAUGUCACCAAACCAAAGGAAGACGUCACGAAGAACAAGAAACCCCGGAAAACAUUCAAAUCUGAGCAGCCAUGUACAAGUAACUGGGGCAUGGAAUCAGAUUUGUGCUUUGAAAGCACAAACUCUUCAGGACGAAUUGAACUUGGCAGACGAGAAGAGCUGCAGACAAACCACCGUCUGCCACUUAACACUCCUGAGGAGAGCUCCAGUGUUUGGCUCGGUGGUCCACGGCAGGGCAUGAGUCUAGUGUUGCCUCCCAUGGUGUAUCCCUCUGCUGCGUCUGCUGAGGGUUUGGUGAUGGCAGAUCAUCAGUACAAUUCCCUAUUAAACCUGCUGCACAGCGACCGACCAGAUCUGGGCUCCGUUAUGGUAACGUCCAAACAGGAGCUCAUGCCAGGCUGGCCCCGGCAUCCAGGAUUUGGUGAUCAGAUGACUCCAGAUCACAGCCUAGACUCUGGUGUUCCAACGAUGGAGAAGAAGGAUUUAUACUGGUAUUAAGGAAGCACUUUUGCAGUUGUCAGACAUCUUUACAAAGGAAACAAAAACCUGAUACUAAGAACAAGGAAGUCUUAUCUCUGUUUUACUUGUUUUAAGAGUUCAGAGCCUUGAAUUGCUUCACGCAGAAGCCACUGCACCUGACUACAUGCAGACAAACCUGUUCGAGAACAAGCUCAUCACGUAGCCCAGCGCAGUGAGUUUUAAAAGAACAUCCCUUAAGCUAUAUGGGGGUUGGUGGAGCAAUUUGAAAAGACUUUCAGCUUACGAAAGCCAGAUAAUACCUAGCUAUUUAUUUCAUUAGCUUUUCAAUGACUUCUUCUUGUCCUAGAAUGAAAGAGACCAAAAUGAAUAUCCCAUUAAAUAAUGAUUAUAUGGGAAACUUAUGUCUGUUAUUUAUAUACAAAGAAAUAAAAAUAUGAGGAUGUGUGUGUAUCGCUGCCUUCUUUGAAUUUAAUAUGAACAUUAAUAUGGACCUGAUUGACAAAAUGAAAGAAAAACUGUCCACAGAGAAAACCUGUUAUUGUCAUCUGACAGGAUUUAUUUGAUAUAUGUGAUGUGCCUGAACUUAUUUCUUGCUUCUUUGUUAACCUUGGUUAAAAAAAAGAACUGUAAAAAUUAUAUAUAACUUUAGUUGGAGCUGUAUAAUGUGUAAAAUAGUAGAAGCUGGAAUAAAUAUGGUUGAGGGAAUAAAGUGUAUAGAGUAUAUGACUUCUGUUAAAAAUGUGUAGAAGGUUUGCUGAUAUCUUUUUUUUCUGUGUGAUCCACUGUAAACAAGGCAAAUAAACACAAAAAAUACAGUG